AUGCCGGGACAUAGCUUUCAUGUGGAAUUGCCGUUAUCAGCUUCAACGCCAAUUCGUAAAGAGAAACAAGUUCCCGAUUUACCUCUUCUGAAUGAAAACGAUGAAGUGCGGACGCCUUCUCCUGUAAGAAACCAGCAAAGAUUUUCUUUACCAGGUGGCUCACCUCUUGUUUUGUCUUCUCCUACAACGCCUUUAUUGCCGUCCUCACCUCCGCUACAUGUACCUUUACAAGCUUCUACGCCAUCUCCCAAGCAAUCGCCCAAACCUCUUUCGUCUCCUUCAUCCGAUACAUCGUCUGGAUCAUCCUCCAUUCUCUUUUCCGGUGUUGCCGCUGCGGCGCUUUCCAAUCAAGUUUUAUCCUCUCGGCAUACUACAUCUAAUGACUACUAUCAAAUGUCAACUGAACAGCUGGAACAACUUCUUCCCAAGCCUAGACGCGUGUCUCAACGGAAACGGAGGAAGCCAAAGCCUUUAUACGUUAAGGGAGCUGUAGCAUCAGAUUCUGACAAUGCGGACAUAUCCUCAGGGGUCUCAUCUAAUUCGGAGGAGUUCAGUGAGUACGAGGAAUCCGGAAGAUACAAGUCUCGAGGGCGCCGGAGAAAGCGUACAAGCACCGAACGAAAAGUUACAAAACGGAAACGACCAACAAAAAAGGAGUCCGACUCAACUUCCGAGGAGGAGGCUGUUGCUGAUCCUGAAAACGGUUCUGCUGAUGAUGAUCCAAAGAGCCAGAAACUUAUGCAAGAACAUAUGCAAAAGCUAAGAGAAUAUUUCAAACAGGUUGAUGAAUACAAACUACGAGUGGAAAACGAGUAG